CGAGAAGUUGUCCAUUCCUAUAGUCGAUUUUAGUGUAAUGGGCCUUUGUAAUGAUGAAAUUCCAUGUGAUUCAGACGUGAGAGUGCAGAAAAUAGCUUCUCAAAUUUGCAAAGCGUUCAGCAGUAUUGGAUUUGUGUAUUUAAAGAACCAUGGUAUCAGCGACGACGAGAUUGCUAAAGUUAGACAAGUUUCAGACACGUUCUUUGCUUUGCCUGUUGAAGAAAAAGCCAAAUGUGCAAGGGACAGUCACGGUACUAACCAUGGCUGGGUAGCUCUUGAAAGAGAAAGUCUAAACCCAGAUAGACCAGCUGAUUUGAAAGAAGCUUUCAAUGUCGAAGUAGAACAUUCAAAAUGGCCAACAUCUACUGUACCAGACAUGAAGCCAUCCCUUGAAGGAUUGUAUGACAAAUGUGCUCAGCUUGCAUUUAGAAUAUUAAAAGUUAUAGGAAUUGGCCUCAAAAUAAAGAGUCCUGAUUGGCUAAUAAAAGCUCAUCAGAACAUUGGAAAACCAAUCAAUUCCACUGCCAUGCGCAUCCUCUAUUACCCGCCAAUAACCAACGAUUAUGUCAUCAAGAAGGACCAAGUACGAUGUGGUGAACACAGUGACUAUGGUUCGAUAACACUACUCUUUCAGGACGAACUUGGGGGACUACAGGUUCUCCCAGUCCAUGGCGACUACAUACCAGCCCCAACACUACCCGGGUGUGUAAUCGUUAACAUUGGCGACCUNCAAAAUGUGACUCGAGAUUGA